AACAAAACAAAGGCGCCAGUCGCGUUAACUUCGGGAGGUUACUCUAUGAGUUAAACCUCGAGCCACAUUUACUGUAGCCUACAUUAGACAAUAAUGUGUUCAGCUGAGUCUUUGAGAGAGUUUGUCAACGAGCGACUAACUGCUGCUGCUGAAGAAAUAUUGGGAGUUUUUCAAAGAACCAUCGUCAAGUACGAGGAAGAGAUCGAUCGUCAGCGCAGACUGUUGGAUAUCGUGUUGAAGCCUGAACUAAAGUUACACAGGACAGAGCUCCCACAGCAACAUGUGUGUAAGGAGGAGGAGGUUGUCCCUGAGCAGCAGCUCUGUAUUGAGGAGAGGAAGUCCAGUGUGGACCAAGAGCACCCAGAGUCUCCACACAUUAAAGAGGAAGAGGAGGAAGUGUGCAGCAGUCAGGAGGGAGAGCAGCUUGUACUGAAGCAGGAGACUGAUGGCUUUAUGUUGACUCCUGCUGAUGAGCAAAGUGAGCACAGUGAAGAUCAGACUCUGGACUUCAUUCAUGACGACACUCAAAGUGCAGCAGACAAAGAGUCUGUCGUCAUCAUACCAGUUAUAAGCUCUGUGAUACCAAGCAGUGACCACCAGCUGCUCUCUCACAACUCUCAUGUAGCUGAGAGCCAAGAUGAGGAAGAAUACCUGCAUGGAGACUCAGGAUCAACUAGAAACACAGAGCUUGAAGCAGAGAAAAGACAUCAUGAAAGUGAAAUUAACAGUAAGAGUCCACACACCUCUGCUGUGAUCAACUUAAAUACAGGUAAAAAGCCUUUAGAAUGUGACGUAUGUGGGAAAAUUUUUGAGUGCAAGUCAAAAUUGCAUAGACACCUGAAAAGCCACACAGGUGAGAAGCCACAUACUUGUAAAGUAUGUGGGAGAGCUUUCAGACAUAAUAGUGUCUUGUUAGUCCACAUGAGGACUCACACAGGUGAGAAGCCGUAUACUUGUAAAGUAUGUGGGAGAGCUUUCGGACGUAAUGGUGACUUGUUAGUCCACAUGAGGACUCACACAGGUGAGAAGCCGUAUACUUGUAACGUAUGUGGGAAAGCUUUCGGACGUAAUGGUGACUUGUUAGUCCACAUGAGGACUCACACAGGUGAGAAGCCACAUACUUGUAACGUAUGUGGGAGAGCUUUCGGACGUAAUGGUGACUUGUUAGUCCACAUGAGGACUCACACAGGUGAGAAGCCACAUACUUGUAACGUAUGUGGGAGAGCUUACGGACGUAAUGGCGACUUGAAAGUCCACAUGAGAAUCCACACAGGUGAGAAGCCCUACCUUUGCAAGACCUGCGGGAAAAGAUUCAGUGACGUAUCAGUAUUGAGAAGGCAUUGUGGAAUCCACACAGGUGAGAAGCCGUAUACUUGUAAAGUAUGUGGGAGUGCUUUCAGACUUAAUUCUUACUUGAAAGUCCACAUGAGGACUCAUUCAGAUGAGAAGCCGUAUAAUUGUAACGUAUGUGGGAGAGCUUUCAGACGUAAUGGCGACUUGAAAGUCCACAUGAAAAUCCACACAGAUGAGAGGCCGUGCCUUUGCAAGACCUGCGGGAAAAGAUUCAGGAAUGUCUCUGUAUUGACAAAGCACAUGAGACUCCACACAGUGCUGAGCAGCCUGACAUCCUUCAUAUCCAGCAGUCAAGAUAUCCUGUUCCAGAUUUUACAAGUACACGCCAGAGUCAUACAGCAAGUUGAGUUUUACUGA